AUGUUGAUGGCCCCCCAGUGGCAACGGCGAAGGGAGCAUAACACAUUUCUGAAAGGCGUACAACACGAAUUGCUCAUUCAUAACACUUUCUCCGCCUGGGGCGUGUCAUUCACUUCACUCUUUCAGGUAUCCUAUCCUCUCCCAUCCUCAUUCUUUCACUUCAACAUGGCCAAGGAAUUUUUGAACCAACUCCUCAGACUAGAAAACAGCAUCAAGUUCGACAGCGGUCAACGCUGUAUGAUAUGCCUGGAGGAAUGUGGGUCGUUGUCUUCCCAUACCGGUAUCAUCGAAUGCUUGAUGCGCCUUCCAUGCAACCACCUCGUCGGCUCUCACUGCGUCGCCACUUGGCUUCACGACCAUAACACUUGCCCCGUAUGCAAAGUGUAUUUUUCCCAGCGCGGCCGCGACCCUACCUCGAGUAUGGAAUCACGCAAGGCGAUGGUGCUGAUGAUGCUAGCGAUGACGAUACCGACGACGACAGCGAAGAAGAAGACGACGACGACGACGACGACGACCAAACCUGCCUUAAUCGGUUGGCAAGAAACACAAGAUGGUCCUCCCACCGACUCGGCCUCAACUACGCAGCACGCCGACUCGCACACCUGA